AUGAAAUCUGAUGAAAAUUCUGAUUUAUUGUCCGAAACAAUAUCAAUUUCAGUUCAUUUAACAAUGCUAAGUGCAUGUCUUGCAUGCUUAACUUCAAGCCUUUGGAUAGAGAGAACUGGCUCAAAUUCUUUUGUUAUUAAGGGCAAGAAUAAAGCAAACUCAAAGGUUUUUGAUUUUACUAAAGCUACAUACGCAAAAGUAAAGAAAGAAAAUGGAGAUAUUGUAGAUGUCAAUGAAGUUCCAAAUCUUAACUGCAAGUUUGAAUUCGAAAAUCAUGAACAUUAUAUAGUUGGAAAAUAUUAUCUCACAAAUACAGCAGAUAAGAGAGCAAAGUUUGAUUUUUCUCAUGGUAUCGAAUUCAAUCCAUCUAUAUUAGACGGAGAAUUGAGUGCUUCAUACUAUGAAAACUAUGGCGUCGCAAUAUAUUUUUAUCUCUUACCUGAUUAUGGCGAUUAUGUCACAAUGACAUGGGUAUCAAUGAGCCAUCCAGAAGUAACUGAUAUAAAUUUGUUUCACUAUAAUGAUAAGGGCGAUAAAAUCUUUUUUGAAGGAAAUAGUAUGUACAAUGAACAAUGGUUUUAUUCUUUAUGGUUUGCCAAUUCAUGGAUUGAUCUCUGGAUUGAACCUCAUCAAACAAUAAUGAAGUCAUUUGUGAUAUACGAUGAUUUCUAUGAUACUCCUAGAUUUAAACUAGAUACAACUCUUAUCAAAGAAGAGAUUGCAAGUGAUGAAAAGAUCCACCUCAAAGGUAGAUUCUGGCAUAAAGUAGAAGGUAGAGAUAUCAAAGGAAGAUACGAAAUUAUUAAUAAGAAAGAUGGUUCAAUUGCACAGAAGCUGAGUUUAGGAGAAAUGAAAACAACUACUAGCGACUAUACUGUAGCAUUUGAUAUUUAUACCGAUCCUUUACCAAUUGGUGAAUAUACAAUCAAAGUAAUUGCAUCAUAUAUAACUUAUGAUUCAAUCUAUGAUAUUGAUUUUAAAGUAUAUCAGGGAAAUGAAAGACCGAAAGUUUUAUUAACAAAACCAGAUUCAAAAUAUUAUGUUCCAAACUCAGAUGUUGAAUUCAAUGCAAUGGUGUAUGAUCCCGAUGCUCAAGAUAAAAAUCUUAAUGUGAAGAUAUUCCUUGGUGAUAAAGAAGUAUAUUCACAAGAUAAUGUUGUCAAUAAUAAGGAUCAAAAGAAAUUCAGUUUCACAGUUCCUGUUGGAACAAAACCAGGCGUUUAUGUUGUCAAACUCGUUGCAAAUGAUGGAAAAGAUGAUGGAUACGACAAAUUCGAAGUAGUUAUCCAAGAUGAUUUCGAUACAAUGAUAACAUUCAUUCGAGAUGAAUCCAAGAACUCAUACAAACGAGGCGAAGUCAUCAACUUCACAUCCGAAGUCUUAGAUAAAGAUAUCGCAAUAGAUAAACAAUUCAAGGUGACAGCCUUUUACAAUGAUGAACUCAAAAUAUCAAUGAUGUAUGAGAACACAAAUGGAGUUAUCCGAAUCCCAAUGACAAUAACUGUUCCACAAAAUGAGACUAGGGAUUCUGCUCAUAUUGUUGUGAAAGCAGAAGGACGUAGUACUGCAGAAGGAAGUUUUUCUGUAAACAUUGAAGAUGCUGUAAAAUCAGAUGAAGCAAACGGAAAAUUACCAAAUAAAGAUAAGAAGAAAAAGACAAUUUUAAUUUCUGUAUUGUCUGUUUUGGCAGUUUUGUUAGUAAUAACUGCCAUCAUUAUAUUUAUCCUGUUGGGAAGAAAUAAAGGCGACAGUAAAUCUGGAAGCUAUCAUCAUCCCAGUGGAGAUGGUGGAUUCUCUGAGGAGAAUGUUAAUGAGAAUUAA